UUCGGAGCACUUGUGGACAACUGUGACCACUGACGCAGAAGACAAUGAGCCACGGCUCUAAGUUUGACAAGAGUAAAUACACUGGCAUGUUGGCCAUGAAAACACAAGGAUGCCCGCAAGGAGGAGGAGGAAGUGGCGCGUGGGUGGUCCGCACUCAUUCAUCGGACAAUCAUCCGAGACAAGCUGGAGACUUGUCAACUGUGACGUCACCAAAGGAUCAAACCGCGCACCUUGGCAAAUGCAACAAAACAACCCCAAAGCGGCUGUAACGAACAGGUGUUGCUUGCCUGCGAAGAGCUGCAAGGGAUACGGGCCAAAACUUGCUUGCUUGUUGCUUCAGCUCCCGUUCGGCGCAGCGCCCGGGCCCCGGGAGCGGCGCUAAAGCACUAUUGCGAGACAAAAUAGAUAGCAGAUUGAUAAGGCCACCAAUGACCAUGCAAAUUGGCCCAACGCUGGCCUAAUCGCGCACAGAGUUUUCUCCGCUUCAAGCUGGUGACCACACCCAGCCCAUGGGUCUCCUGAGAAUAUAGUUUCAGGUGUGCGCUUGAUUAACUGGACAGAGCCAACACGGAUUCCUUCAAGACCUGGAUGGAGGCGCCGCUACGCAAACGCGGGCGGUCGGAUGCCGCUGCGACGUCGUGGACGCCCGGGGAGCCCAACCCAGCCAACGAGCAGCCCACCUUCAAACCCCCCGCUGCCCUCGGCGCACCAGCCAUAGCUGAGUACAAGAGCGGCCAGUUGAUAGUGAAGCUGAGUGGCAAAGCCUCGCCACGGCUGCCCAAGGGAGUGUGGGACACGCUUGUGGGCUUGCUGGGGGAUGGGAAGGACCAAGAUGGUGGCCACGCGGCAGUGCCCCGCACAGCCUGGCGCUUCAGCAGCAGCAGGGGCAUCGAAUCAGCCGCGUUCCCCGUCGCCACCGGCGCAGCAGAAGCAGGCGCUCAGCUGGGUGGGACAGGCGCGGCGCCAUCACAGCAGCAACAGCAGCAGCAGGCACCGGCGCCGCGUGUCCCCAGUCUGUACCUCGCCGUCAGCCUGGAUGGCAGGGCUCCAGUGCCGGUGGACGGCAAUGCGGUUGAUGAGGGUGAGAAGCGGAGGCAGCACUUGUGGCUGAAGCAGCUGCGCGUGGCGCUAGCCGCCGUGGUGCCAGACAUCGCGGAGGCGCUAUCACGUGUCACGCUGCACGCGUGCUCCGUCUACACACCAGCGCCUGGGCAGGUGCUGCUGCUGCUUGACGUGUCGACUUGGACCAAGGAGCCCUCCGCGGCACCUGGCAAUGAGGAGGACGCGGAUGAGGGCGAGCAGCCUGAGGCGGCGCACCCAUCACAGAAGAAGCAGGCACGUGUCGCUGCAUCUCCACGCAGUACACCACAUGGUGUAGGCGCCGCCAAACGUGCUACUGCCGUUGGUCCCAAGCCUAAGCAGCAGCAGCAGCCGCUCCACAGGCCGGUGCACCAAGUGCUGCCGGCCUUUGAGCUGCCACCGCUGUGCAAGAAGCAGCGGACGAACCAGGGCGCGACAGUGCGGCUGAACCGUGAAUACCAGUUUGGCUUCGCGACCCACUUUGUGAAGAAACUUUUGGCUGCGAAAGUGCGGGGCUUUCACCUACCUCCUACCUCGGCACCAAGCGGCAGUGUCGUGGUCAAUGUCGCCAUGACGCACACCUGGGCUUUCUCGCCUAACGGCGAGGAGGUGGUGUUCAACGGCAAGGAGGCGGCGGAGGAGGAGGAGAGCGAGCAGGACGGGGAGGAGGCCGAGGAGGAGGUGGAAGAAGACGAGGCCGGGGAGGGGCAGGAGAAGGAGGGGGGGGAGGGCGAUGACGAUGAUGAGGGCGAAGAGGAGGAGGAAGGGGAGGACAACGAGGGGGAGGACGACGACGAAGAGGUGGUGGAUAAUGACGGCGACAUGGACUGGGAGCAGGAGGAGGAGGGCGAUGAUGACGACGCGGAUGCGGCGGCAGGCAUGGCGCAGCGACAGCGACAGCAAUACCACCGCGACGCACGGCACGGUCAGGGCCAUGGCGCUGCCGCCAUGGCUACGGGCGGGGGCAGUGGCACGCCCCACGGCGGCCGCAGCACCCCAGCAACAAAGCCUUGGCGGCCACGGCUGCUGGUCGCAAUCAGCCUUGACGGCGGUCCCCUCAUCCCCAUGAACGCGACCAUCACGCUGUACCACAGAAACAAGCACAAGUUGGUGCUGCGAAAGCUGCGGGAGGUCAUGGGCGGGCUUGGCGUGACGGACCGCAGCAGCAUCAUGCACGACCUCACGCUGUACCGCACCCGGCCGCAAGGACACUUGCUGCUUGUUGCAGACAUCUCCCGCCUUGAACCUGUGGCCGAGCCUGAAGCUGCUGCCGCUCCUGCUGCCGGGGCGGCAGCGGCGCCCCUGAGCGAUAGCGAAGGUGGCGGCCGCAGGCGAGCAAUGGCGGGGUCAGGCGCUGGCGGCUCAGGGGCUGUGCAAAGGCUGAAGCUGCGCGUGGGAGGCAGCGCUGGUGCCGCUGCAGGUGCCGCGGCUGCAGCAGGCGCGGCGGGAGUGCCUCGCACUAGAGCUGCUGCGGACCGAAACCGCAGUGGUGUGGGCCUGCGUGAUGGGGACGGCGAGCAAGAGGUGUACGAGCGGGGGGCUGGCGCGGCUGACGAGCCGGGGGAGGACCAGCGGCCGCCACAGCGCCACAGGCAGCCGCAGGCGACCCCAGGUCGAGGCGGUGCUGGUGGAGUACCCUCCCAGGUCCCGAAUGGGCAGCCGCACGUCGCUGGCGGUGGCCAGGGCAGCGGCACGGCGCCAUCACCGGCCCCGCGCAUAGUGCGCACACCGGCGCCCGCAGCGGCCGCCGCUGCUGCAGCACCUGCGGCCGCACCAGCACGUGGCGCUUUGUCACCGCACCACGGCGGUGGCUUCAAUGGCGGCCUGCCCUACACGCAGGGUCCUGCGGGGGCCGCUGGUGCACAUGCUGCUGAUGCAAGCGGGGGCGGCGGAGACACAGGGGUGAAGAAGGCCGUGUCAGUGCUGAUGAAGGAGGUAGAUGCUGUGUGCUUGGAGAAUGCAUCAUUGCACGCAGAGAAUGAGAGUCUGAAGGCAGAGGUGCGGCAGCUGCGGCUGGAGCUGGCGGUGGAGAAGGCUGCACGCAAGGAGGCCGAGGACAAGCAGAAGGCGAGCCAGGAACUACUGGAGAAUAUGAAGGCGAAUAUGAAGGCGAUGUUUGAACAGCUGAACCUGGCUGAAGGCACACUUGGCUAGGCCGCCUAGAUCUUAGCUGCACAGCCCUUAUUUCUAGGCCUCCACCGCCACCAUGGCAUUAUCAAGACAGUAAGGCGCAGCUUUGCAUUGGAUGGUGUAGUAAGGUUGUUGUUGUGGUCACAGCGUUGCUGCUGUGUGUGUGUGCGUGGGGGGGGGAGGAGUGUGUCAUGGAGAACAGAGUGACGAAAUCAACAGGUUAGUUUAGUUUGAGCAUAGCAAAGCGGAGCGAGAAUAAGGCUAAACGGGGAUGGCAUGGAGGCCUAUAAGACGGCCGGAGCGACCAGCAUUUGCUGCUCUCUGUCGUUCGGCAUUCUAAUCACCGCUUCAAGCAGCGGCAGGGGUGUUAAGAGGUUUUCCUUGCUGUCUGGUUGGCCUGCACUUCCUGCCCACGAGCCUCUGCAGUGUAAGUGCCCUUGGCAGUCUGCAGGAGUCAGUUGCCCCAUCAGCCCUUGCUCCGCUCAGCUCAGCUUCUUACAGCGGAGGCCGUCUAGACCGACAGCUGACACACUGUAUGAAGUGGAAUAAUGACACGGCGGUAGUAUGUGUUGAGGACAGACGAGUGCGGCAAGGCCGCAGAAGGACACUGCUGAGAUCAGGGGGGGGGCAUUCUCCCAUGGCUGAGAGAGGUAGGGCACCGAUGUUGAGAUCUGGGCGGUCUGCUUGGUGCAUCGUUAUGGAGUCGGAAUGUGUUGGAGAAUGCAGUGCUCGUAUCUUCCAUCUACACUGUAGAAAUCUGCCCAAAAUCCGCCGAAGGCGGAGAAAAAUUUUUGGGUUUUGGUGCCACGCAUCUACGCAGUGUAGACGGUUUUGGCCGGUUUUGGCGCAAAAAUGGGGGAAGCGUAGACGUUUUGAGGGGCUUGGGGGCUUAAGUGUAGAUGCCGCGGUCAGGGUCAUCUACGCAUGUGUAGAUGCCGGGUGCCUGAGGGCAUCUACAAGAUACAAGCACUGGGAGAAUGUGAGCUGACUGGCCCCAGCCCGGGUGCACGAGGUGCCGCGAGGUGUAGCCGCUGAUUGCUGUCUGUUGAAGGUUAGCGUAAGCACCUGUGUGUCGGUGCAACUGCACGAUGCAACUCCCGCCUGUUGGUGCAGCUCCCGUCCAGUUUCAUGUCUUGGGACUGCACUACGUGCGGCGACCAACCGGCAUCCAACGGUCUUGCUCUGAUGAAGGGGGGGUCGGAUUGUCACAGGUUGUUGACGAGGAGCCUUUGUAACAUCGCGCGUGCUUGGCUGCCGUAAUAUAGUGUAGUUGGGGAAGAGGCAGACGGGGAACCAAGGCGAAGCAGAACGGCCACUCGCCAGCAGUGGCAGGCCCGGUCGGCCGGUCGGGAGUGCCGUCGUGUAAGUGCGUGCUCAG